AAGUUAAUCACCAUUACUACUUCUUUGGAAUCAAUAAGUUUUGAGAAUCUUCAAAAAUUACAAAUAGAAUUGAAUAAUUUUAACAAUAAAUCUGAUUCUAAUGAACAACAUUUUUCUGAUGUUGAAAAGUUAAAAGAAAAGCUUAUUGAGAAUAUUAAGAAACUACCUGUCAAUCAAGUUAAGGUUGCAUAUUAUCAUUUUCAAAAUAUGAGAUAUACAAAAAGAAAAAUUCAAGGAGAUAUUUUUUCAAUUUAUGUACAAAAAAAAGCAAUAGAAUUUCUUAAAUCAGAAUUAUACAAAAAUACUGAAACAAAAGAUUAUCUUCAAAAAAAAGUCAAAAAACUAGAAAAAUUUCAAGACAAAUCUCUUUAUCAAGUUUGUGGUUUAAAUUCUAAGAUAACAAAAUUAUAUAAGAAGCAUAUUUCAAAAGUUCGUUCUUAUGAAAGAAAACUAUUACCUAUUACUAAUACAAAAUUUAA